ACAUUAAAAAUUUUUAUGUCGAAAAAAAAAAAAACCACUCUUUUUAAACUAAAAGCCAACAGAUUUGCACAGAAAAAGAGAAAAAUAAAGAAAAAGAAAAGAAGCAAAAGAAAGAAGGAAAAACAAGUCUGAAUCAGAAACGUUUCUUCUUUACUUUUGUCUCUGGCUCAUUUUCAUGGCGGAUCUGUACGGAUCAGCCCCAUCUUCAAAGCAGGAACCCGAAGAAAUCUCCACGUUGCUUAACCACCUUCUUCACAAUUCCUCUUCUUCGUGCAUGCAAUUCAAGGCCAAGUACAUUCACACUUUUCCGUCUCAAGUGCCGGAAUUUUCGAAUCCGGCGACUGAUUCCUUCGCUGGGACGGAAAUUCCUGUUGAGGUUCGGUACCGGCUUGGCGGAUCGGCUGUUCGAGCUGAUUCAGGGCCUCGAGUUAAAUUCUCAUUUCCUGAAACGUAUUUUGAAGCAAAUGUUAAAGAUAGCGCCGACAAUGUGUUGUCUUCUGCUGGUGAUUUCAGCUACGAUAGCGAGAAGGUUCCGGAGGCAUCGGAGGUUCCGUCAAAUCAAGAGCUGCCUCGGAGUUCAUCGAAGCGAAGCAGAGCAGCCGAAGUACAUAAUUUGUCGGAAAAGAGGAGGAGGAGUCGGAUUAAUGAGAAAAUGAAAGUGUUACAGAAUCUAAUCCCAAAUUCCAACAAGACGGAUAAGGCUUCGAUGCUGGACGAGGUGAUCGAGUAUUUGAAGCAGCUUCGGCUUCAAGUGCAGAUGUUAUCAAUGAGAAACGGAUUGAGUUUGUACCCUAUGUAUUUACCGGGUGUAAUACAGCCAAUGCAACUGCCUCCCACGGGCAUAGGUUAUGAUGAAGGAAAUGGAUUCUUCAGUCCCAACACAGGAGCAGGCACAUUUUCUUCAAAUGAAGAAAGCUCGAUGGGCGCUCCUUCUAAUCUUUCCAACCCAUGCACCAUCUCAAAUCAGCCAAUUGUUGCACCUUCUGUAGCUAAUAUAUCUAAUUUGGAAGCUUCAUAUGGUUUUGAAUUAUCUGCUGAGGUGCACUAUGGAUCCUUCACCCACUCAACAUCUUCUAAGGAAAUCUGCAAGGAAGGCAGUUCACAAGUGCAAUUAGAGAUGAACCAUGCUGGGAUUAACACUUCAUCAGGUGUUUCUUAGCCAAGCAGAAAAUCCUCAAGAAACAGGAUGUAAAAAACUGAGGCCACCAUCACCAUGUCUAACUCUUCCUUUGGUUCAAACACCAUAGAAGCUGCAAAUGAUAUUGAAACUGAUGACCUUUAUACUUGUUCAGGUUAUUUAUGUUAUAAGUUGUAACAGGAUGACACUAUGGGAUUGAUGCUCCUUGCAUCCUUUUCAUAUAUGCAAAAAGCACGAUGUUCAGGCCAUGCAACUGUGCUUAUUGUCCUUCCCCUGCAUACAGUGAUUAUUACUAUCAUUUACAAAUAUACGUUUUCCCUUUUUA